AUGAUCCCACAUUCGUCUGUCAAUAGAAAUAGUUCCACUUUUUCCAUAUCCACCACCACUCAAAAUUUCCCUUUUUCUCAUCCGCAACAACAAUCGCAUGGUCCACCAUUUCAAAAACAAAAACCAUUCGAUUUAACAACAACAACUCGUUCGACCGUCAAUACCACCAAUACCAUCAACACAACCACCGCCUCAACAACGGUUAAUUACUUGUCUGAUUGGAUGCCUCAAAAGAAACCAAAUUCCAUCACCACCUUUUCCUCCUCCUCCUCCUCAGGAAGUGUUUGCCAACCUACUGAAGUGUCAUCCUCAACAACAACAUGGUCAUUGGUAUCCCCACGUAUGUCAUCUAGAUCUCCUCACGAUUCCACCAAUACACCAACUGUUUCCUCGGACAUGGCGACUACAAUGGGAGGAGAAGGAAGUGAAUUCAUUCACACGAACCACAUGAUGAUGAUGACGAGGCCCAAUAUCAACACAUCUGUUACUACUACUACUACAAUUCCAACAACGAGCAGUCAAAAUAUCAAUCAUCAUCAUCAGGUUCUUCCAGAUCUUUACAAUUCUUCCAUAAAUGGUAUGAGUGAUGGGCAUCAAAUGUUCGUUUCGAACUUUGGAUCCACUCCUCCAAUUAACACUUCUACUACUAAUGAACCUUCUUCUUCCGUUUCUUCCAUCCCAAUGCAUCCUCUAAAUAUCUUGGAUAGUCACUCGGUCGAUGAAUUGGUGAAGAAUAUUCUCAAUCAUUUACCAAUGACUACCUUGUUGAAAGCUCAGCAGUGUGGUUGGGUGUCUCCCAUGUUGAGCAGCUGUCAGAACUCAAAUCUUAAUUCCACCACCAGCACUCAUCCAGUAUGUGGUAAUAUGAAUGUUCAUUCAUUCGCACCUUCUCAGAACAACCAUCAUCAUGAAACGGAUACACCACUCGCUUGUCAUCCACUGAUGGCCAUGAUGCAUUCAGUCAUGAAUCAAACUUUUCAAUUUUCAAAUAUCAAUUCAAAUUCACCACAACAAUCGACGAAUGAUGAGGUGCAUUCUUUACCAACCUACUUGAAUGACAUUCGACAUCAUUUACCAUCACAACCUUCUCUUGUUCCAUCCUUUGAAUUUAAAAGUAGUACCGCCACCACCACAUGUCCAUUUUUCAUCAAUGACCACAACGAAAGAUGUAAGGAUUUUUCGUUUGGUCAUAACACCCUCACGAAUGAUGAUAUUGAAACUUGUAUUGUUGGAGACGAGUCAUUUAAUCGUCUUGUUCAUGCCAUUGGUGGAAGUGAGGUUUGUAAUUUCACUCAUUCCCUUUUUCAGUGUUCCAGUCAGUCACAACAGCAUUUUCAGAGAGAAAAUGAAUCGGUUUGGACCUCAAAUGUUGUAGAUCACAACAAAGAACAUCAACAAGGUUAUUUGAGUCCUCGCCAAUCCUGUGAAAAUCCAACUGCUUCCUCUUCAUCUGUCCAAGCUUUAGUGACCACUGACAGCUGUCAUCACAGUAAGACAUUAUCCACCGCGACUUCAGACCAUCCGAUUGCAAGUUUUGAUCGAUCUCCUUUUCCUAACCAGAUUCCAUCUGUGUGUAAUCAUAAUCACCUCAUUCCACAAAUCACUGUUUCACAGUCAUCACCAUCCACACCCGAACCCAAACUGAUCCUCAAAUCUUCUCCUCCUUGUAAAAUUGAAAAGCCCUCGAGGAGGAGGAGAAGUAACGCCUCUCAUUCGACUGCAACUUCGAGUGGUAGUAGUAGUAGCAGCAGUUCUGAACAACGACCAUUGCUGAGCUCAUCACCAAAGAGUGCUUCUAAAAAACAAAAGAAACUCGUCUUCAAGAUUUCUUCGACGCAUCAGGAACAACAUGCAUUGGAUCAAAAGUUGGUGAAUAUUUCAGAAGAGACACUUCGAGCGAUUGUGAUGCGAAGUAAAUCUCCAAAAACUGAGCAGAGAAAGAGAGGUAGACCAAAGAAAUCAGAACCAUUGAAUUCACAAACGGCGGUCCUGAAACUCACGUUUUAUGACAAUUGUUAUGAGGAUCUCAAUGUUUUGUAUAGAGACGUCGAUGAGGAGUGUGAAGAAGAGCUUGCAGAAAGAGAGCAGGCCAAAAAGUAA